AUGAGUUCCAUCAAAGCUAGUGCUGUGAUCUUCCUUGUCUUCUUUUUGUCUGGGCUUAUGGAGCUCUCAUAUGGUCAGAUCAUGGCGCCUUCUCCAGCUGUUGCGCCGCCGCCGAUUAGCAGCGAUGGCAAGAUGAUAGAUCAGGGAAUUGCUUAUGUUCUCAUGCUUGUUGCCCUUCUUCUAAAGUUUCAGUCUUUUUACAGCCUCUUUCCUCUCACAGUGAGAAAGAUGAGUUCCAUCAAAGCUUCUGCUCUGAUCUUCCGCGCCUUCUUUUUGUCUGGGCUUAUGGAGCUCUCAUAUGGUCAGAUCAUGGCGCCUUCCCCAGCUGUUGCGCUGCCACCGAUCAGCAAUGAUGGGAAGAUGAUAGAUCAGGGAAUUGCUUAUGCUCUCAUGCUCAUCGCCCUUCUUGUCACUUAUCUUAUUCACUAA